AUGGAGUCGCCUCCACCGGCCCCGUCUCAAGAUCAAUCGACUGUCAAAAAUGAAGACCCUGCCACUUCCAAUGAUAUUCAAAUGACCGAUGCGCCAGAAGCAGAAGCAGAAGUAGAAACAGCUACAGCUACAGAGACGAAGUCGAAAACAACCAAAACGGCGCCAGCAUCAGUGGGUUCCCUUGCAACGGUCGACGGUGUCACAAAGGAUGGAUAUGCUGUUAUGGAUGAGGUUGUACAUAAAUUGUCGGAUUACCGCACUGCAGACGGUUACGACAUAUCACAGCUAUUUCAGCGCAUGCUCAACAAGAGGUUUUUACCGGACUACUUUGAGGUGAUUAAGGAACCUACUGCAUUCAGCACAGUUAGACAAAAAAUCAUCAGGAAACAAUACAAGAACAUUAAGGAAUUCGUCCGCGACUUCGCCCUCAUAUCUCACAAUGCGCAAGUUUACAACCGCCCUUCUGCAGCUGCAUAUCAUGACGCCAUUGCGCUUAGGGAGUUGUUUAAGAAGGAAAUGCAACAAUUAGUAGAUGGAAAGGUUAUUACCGCAGAAGAAGCAGAGAUGCCUGAUCUUGGAGAACUCCCCCCCGUCGAAGACUCACCACCACCGGGUCCUGACGACGAAGAACAGGAGGACGAUGAUGAGGAUGAUGAAGAGGACGAUGAGGAAGACGAUUCCGACGAGGAAGGUGUGAAACGAAAAUACAAACGCAAAAUCCGACGUUCGAGCAUGAAUAGACGUGAAGGGGGUGACGAAACAACGGAAAAGCCUGAGGAGCAGAAGAAGCGCGGUAGGCCACCUAAGGUGCAUACGCCCAUGGAAGCUCGCAUAAAUAAUAUCCUGAAAGGAUUAAGAAAAUUCAAAAACACUAGAGGGGAGCUCAAGAUUGCACCCUUCGAAAGAUUGCCCGAUAAGACCAACAUGCCGGAAUAUUACCAGGAAGUCAAAGCCCCAAUGGCAAUGGAUCUUAUCAAGAGGCAGGCAAAGCGCAAGAAGUAUCAAACUGUGGAUUCCGUUCUCAAGGAUUUAGAGCUCAUGUUUGAGAAUGCCAAAGCAUUCAAUGAGGAGGAUAGUGAGGUUUACAACGAUGCAGUAUCCCUUCAGAAUGAAGCUAGAGCUAUGGCUGAACACGAGAAGAAGAGGCCGGAUGAAGACUUUGUUUCCGAAGAUGGACGGAUACCUCUGAAAGAAAUACUUUACAAAGACGAGGUAUGGAAGGUCGGAGACUGGAUCCACUUGACCAAUCUUAACGAUGUUACGAAGCCAGUGGUUGGGCAGAUAUAUCGGACCUGGCGAGAUAUUGAAGGGCAGGAUUGGAUCAAUGCUUGCUGGUAUUACCGACCUGAGCAAACAGUUCAUCGAUUUGACAAGCAUUUCUAUGAAAAUGAGGUUGUGAAGACUGGACGUUAUAUUGACCAUAAGAUUGAUGAUGUUGUUGACCGUUGCUUUGUCAUGUUUUUCACAAGAUACUUCAAAGGACGCCCUCGUCAUUUUUCUGCAGACAGGGAGAUUUAUGUCUGUGAGGCACGUUACAACGAACAUGUAUACAAGCUCAACAAAAUCAAGACCUGGGCUAGCUGUGUACCAGAUGAGGUUAGGGAGAAAGAUUAUGAAAUGGACCUCUUUGAGGCUCCAAGGCCGAUGAAGAAGUUUCCGAGCCCGAUCAAGCAUCUACUUCGUGAUGAUGCCACAGAAAAUGAUCCUAUACCAAAGCCUACUUUUGGCGCAAAAGGGGCACCUCCUAUUGUCGGAGCUGUGCAUAAGCUGCCUCGUGCCGAAAAUGACUCUCCACCACCAUCGCCCACUCCACCUCCCGCAUCUCCUCUGCCAAAUCUGGAACCAAUUCGUCCCCCGCCUACAAGUGAUAGACCUCGAUUCGAUUCACAAGGAGACAUCUCAAUGGCUGGAACAACUCCAAGUGCUAAUGCCUCGCCCAUGAUCAGCCAGCACUCAACCCAACCGCCAUAUACGCAACCUUUUGCACAAGCUCGCCCAUCUGCCUCUCCGGCCCCCCCUCAGCAUGCUCAUUCAUACAGCUCGCACGGAACUGCGCCAGCUGCGCCACCAACUCCAUCAUAUCAACCCGCGACUGCUUAUAACACUCAUUCUGCCGCCACUCCAAGCGCUACCCAUCACCACUCCAACCCACUAGCCAACUACCAAAGCUACCACAGCAGCAGUACCCCGCGUGCUGGUGGCCCUAGUUCGAGUUCGCAUGGCUCACACGGUAACACAUAUAAUCCACCUCGCGCAAUUGAAGUUUACACACUUCCUGAUGCUGCAAAUUCUUCUAUUCCAGCCGAUGUUCGUUCACAAUUCCAUACAGACGAAUUCGGUCGGAUCAUUUUCUACACCUCACCACCACUAGACUCCAGUCCAAUACCCAACGAGUUGCAAGGCCUGGGGCAUAGCCUGAAGUAUCUAGCCAACAAAGUGCGACGUAAGGAAGAGCUCGAGAAGAAACGCAAAAUUCGUGAAGUGGAAUUGGAAAUUGAAGCUACUGAACGGCUAAAGCGUGCGAAAGCUGAGGCCGAAGUUAGAAAGCAGGCUAUACUUAGCGCCCAGGCUAAGUCUAUCAAAAAUUGGGCCGAGAAUUUGGAGAAGGGUACAGAGAUACUUUACAAACAGCUAAGUGAUGGGGUUUGA